GGGGAGAUAGCUGAGCGCUGGGACCGGUUGGCCAGACCUUUACAUGUAAUGCUACAAAGGUCUUGAUAAGUUAACAGGGUUAUUUAAAUGCCGUUGACUCAGACUUGAAGUAACAAAAGCGUCUUGACCAGAGGCCACUGGGUAGGUUAAUCCUGUUAUGUAAGGUGUCGUUAAAUGCACUUUCUAUAGCUCUCUGCCGCUAAUCCACCUGUCUCGUCCGUUAGUUCAUCGGCGGAACAGAAACACUUGUGGCUCGUUAACGUUUUAUUUCAUUCAUGCACACAGAAACCUAAUCAGCCUUGGUUCCGCUCAGCCUCGGAAGCGUAAUCUGUCCAUUUCGCCCCUAUGUCGCAGAGAAAAAUGCGCGCCGUAUGGAGCGGCCGUGACGCUGCGCUGACGCUCUUCCACCAGCACUGAGAGCGCUUGGAAAGGGGAGGGAAAGAGCGAGCGAGAGAGAAACGCGAGUGGACUCUGUAUUCAAGGUGAAGAUCAAUCCUGCGGCACGGGCGAUCAAAAUUACACCCGGCAGAGGACUACGUUGACGUGGACGAGAGAAAAAAAACAAUCAACUACGGAAAAAUGGAGGUUCCACGCGUGGAACACAGCAUUAGCAGCCCCACGAGUCCAUGUGAAGACAUGAUCAAGAAUCUGAGUUUAGAGGCGAUUCAGCUCUGUGACAGAGAAGGGAACAAGUCCCAGGACAGCGGGAUAGCCGAGAUGGAAGAACUCCCUGUGCCUCAGCACAUCAAAAUCAGCAACAUCACGUGUGACUCCUUCAAGAUCUGCUGGGACAUGGACGCCCGGGUCAAAGAAAGAAUCACACACUACUUCAUCGACCUGAACAAGAAAGAGAACAAGAACUCCAACAAGUUCAAACACAAGGACGUGCCCACCAAACUGGUGGCCAAGGCCGUGCCGCUGCCCAUGACAGUGCGGGGCCACUGGUUCCUGAGCCCGCGGACGGAGUACACAGUGGCCGUGCAGACUGCGUCCAAACAGAGCGACGGGGACUACGCCGUGUCCGAGUGGAGCGAGAUCAUCGAGUUCUGCACAGCUGACUACUCGGCAGUGCAUCUCACGCAACUGUUGGAAAAGGCAGAAGCCAUUGCCGGCCGAAUGCUGAGAUUUUCUUCGUUUUACCGCAACCAGCACAAAGAGUACUUCGACCACGUGCGAGAGGCCCAGGGCAACAAGAUGCUUCCGUACAUGAAGGACAACAGUGGAAGCCACGGAUCUCCCAUCAGCGGCAAGCUGCACGGCGUCCUCUUCAGUUGCAACACAGAGUUCAACACGGGCAAGCCACCGCAGGACUCACCCUAUGGCCGCCACCGCUUCGAGGUCCUCGCCGAGGAGCUCUUCCACCCCAAGACCAACCUCUACUUCGGGGACUUUUACUGCAUGUACACGGCGUACCACUUCGUCAUCCUGGUGAUCGCGCCCGAGGGCUCGGAAGGCGACGACUUCUGCAAGCAGCGGCUCCCGGCGCUGGACCUCACCGACAACCGCUUCCUGACUUGCACGGAGGGCGAGGACGGUCGGCUCGCCUUCCACCACGCACAGGACGUCAUCCUGGAGAUCAUCUUCACUGAGCCCGUGGACCUGGCGCAAGGCCAGCUGGCAGAGAUCAGCGGCCAUCAGCUCAUGGGCACGUCCACCAUCAACGCCAAGAAGGACCCCAGCUGCAAAACCUGCAACAUCAGCGUGGGACGCUAAACCCUAAAACCACCCCAAACCGAGACUCCGAUGCUCUCCGGCUUUAUCCUACCUACGUCCCCUCUCUCUUCUGUUACCUAACCUUGCACCCGUUACUCUGGGGUGCGAAACACACACCUCCCAAAAUUCUCAAACAAGUUUCCCUUCUUCCUAUUGUCCCCAUUUUGUGCCUCCAAACCCAACGACAGCAGUAUGGGACGCUGAGUAUGACCCCCCCCCCACCCCACCCUAGCCCCCAACAACCUGUUACCUCUUCCCCUUGGAGAAGCAAAACCCCACACUGCAUAACACUGUCCCACUUUCCUGCCUGUUGUGUGUCCCUGAACAUUAGAGUGGGUUGCUGAUCACUAUCAGCCCACUCCUCUUCACUCCCAAAGCCACUACAGUGAAUAAACAUAUCAGUGCCCGACCUCGAGAACCCCAUCGUCGAGAGGGACCCAAGCAGCCGGCUACAGUCAAGGUCAGCAUGGGACACUUCAGUACCAUAAAAGGCAACUUCAGCAGCUCUACAGUGUCCUGCUAUGCACCCUACCUCCAGGUGUACCAUUAAUUAAUGCAGGACACUGAAUGUCAGCACCCACCACCUCCUCUGUCGC